AUGGAGCACCCUGACGCUCCCGACGCGCCUCAAGCGCCCGACAGCGGGUGUCCGAGCCCGACGUUCGGCGUGAGGCCGGUCGGGGACGUCGCGGACGACGCCUUCGAGGCGGAGGACCCGUUCACCCCCUCGGAACAAGGCCUCGCGCCCACUGCAAGCGCUCCUGCGGCGACGCAGGCCUCCGAGGCGCCCGAUGCGGCCCCUGCGGAGCAUGCGCUUCCCACGAGCACGCCCCUGAACGCGCCCGUCGUCGAGCAGGAGCGCGCGGAAACGCCGGACACACCGACGCUCCUGCCGUCGGUCGACGUCCUGUUGCGCGCUGCCACGGGCGGCUCGCAGCUCGAGAUGCUCGCGAUGCACGGCACGGGAAUCACGCCGUCUCCGCCGCCGCCGCCGCCGCCGCAGCCGCCGCAGCCGCCGCCGACCGCCUGGCCGGAGCAGCCGGCGCCGGAGCACGCCGCCGUGCCGGAGGGUUAUGUCAUGCCGCCGAAGGUCGCGUACGAGCAGGAGCACCCGCGCGCGGCGUUCGCGCGGCAGAUGGAGGAGCGCGGCAGGGCUGGGUCCGGCCCCGGGGCCUACGAGGUCAUGGAGCGCAUGCCGGCGUACCUGCGAGCGGCGGCGCGCAGGGGCGUGCAGGUUCCCAGCCGGCCGUUCUCGGUGGACGCUCGCAAGGGCGGGCCGCGCGACCAGGAGAUCAUCGACAUGGAGGAGGUCCGCAGGACGUCGAACGCGAAGGGCAAGAAAGCCCUCGAGAGGCUAGCGAAGCGAUCCCCCGCGCUCGCGCGCUCCCUCGCGCAGCACAAGAUCGGCGAGCGCGCCGUACAGCGUCAGCGGUGGUACGACGAGACGGCGCGCCGGGAAGAGACCCCCCCGCCCGAGCGCCCCCCGCAGCGCGCGCCCCCGGCGAAGCGCCGCCGGUCGGAGUCGCUCGACGCGCCCAGGAUCCCCCGCGACGACAGCAUCGUGAUGGCGCACGAGCGCGUCCCCGUGCUGCACUCCCGCACGGGCCUCGUGUUCCACAAGUCCGCGAGCAUCCGCGCGUCGCGCCCGCUGGACCAGCGCACCGCCCCGCCGCAGACGCGCCGGAGCGUCCCGCCGCGCAGCGGCCCGCCGCAGCGGACGGCUGCGCGUGGGGGCGCGAGGUCGUCCCUGGAGGUGCCGCGGUCGAGCAGCCAGCAGCGCCGCGCCGAGCCGGUGCGCGGGCUCGAUGGCAUGGCCGUGUCCACGGAGGCCGCGCCGAAGCGUCAGACCGGGCGCACGUUCGGGGAGGUGGUGGCGUCCUUCCCGCCGGUCGGUGGGAGGGCCGCGCCGCGGGGCGCGCCCGAGCGGAGCCGCGCGGACGUCGCCCAGCAGGCCAUGGACCGGGCGGAAGAGCCGGCGGCGAGCGCGGCGGAGAGGUCGCUUGGCGCGGAGGACCGCCGCUGCAGCCUCGACACGUGGGCCAGCAACAGCGGCGCGGACGGCGGCCCUCCGCGGCCCGACGCGCGCGAGUCUUUCGAGCUCGCGGUCCUCACCACGCCCCGCGGCGCCUCGGAUCAGCCGCACCAGUACCGCGUUUCAGCCUCGGAGGUGGUGGAGGUGCCGUUCCCGUCGCCACCGUCGAGCCCGCGGCGGGCGCCGCCCGCGCCGGUGGCGCAGGUGAUCCCGAUGGAGCCGCUGCCGGAGACGCGCCCGCCGGGUCCCGAGCGCAACCGCUACGUCGCGCUGCCGUGCGAGGAGCUGGAGGCGUGCGCGCAGUUCGUGUGCGAGCACUGGCAGAGUUUCCUGCGCGCGUUCGGCCGCCGCGUGCCGCGCGUCGACGAGAAGCCCGCGCCCGCCCGCGCGCCGGACCCGCACGCGCGGCCCCACGUCAGACGCCUCGGAGACCCCCCCCCAGACGAGAAGCCGCGCACGCGCAUGGUCCCGGGCGGCGCCGCGCCGCUCCGCGCCGUCGUCGACAUCUUCUCGACCCUCGUCGCGACCUGCCGCGGCCCCGACGCCACCCGCGCCGUGCACGACCGGCUGGCGGAGUUCUCCGUCCGCGGCACACUGACGCCGCGCGACGUCAUCGAGGCGCUCGGGUGCGAGUUCGACGGCCCGAUCUCGAUCCCCGACGUGCAGACCGGCGAGAGCACGACCGUCCUCGCGGGCCCGGCCGUCCGCGCGCACCCCUCAUGGAGCCCACUGCGCCAGCGAGAGCAGCGCCGCGCCGACAAGCAGGCCGCGGCCGUGGGGACCGAGAAGCACAAGUCCGUCGUGGACAAGGCCGCGGAGGCCGCGGCGCAGGUCCCGGGCGCGUCCGCGGCGGCGCCGCGCGGCGGGAGCGCGGUCCUGGAGAAGCUUGUGCAGAGUCGGAGGGCGGAGGAGGUGGCGAAGCAGGAGGCGGAGCUGCGGCGGCGGUUCGAGGAGGAGGAGGAGGCGGCGCGCGCGGCGGAGGAGGAGGCGAAGAAGGCGGAGGGCCGCGUCGACGAGUCGGAGCUGUGCAGCCUGCUGCGGGCCGCGGCGGAGCGCAAGGACGCCAUGCUGGGCGCCGCGGCGCAGCGGGCGGCGCGCGCGACGAAGCCGGCGCAGGAACGCGCUGGCCCGCCCGCGCUGCCGGCGCCCGCAGCCAGACCCGUGCAGCAGCCGCUCCCGACACCUGCGCCGCCAGCGGUGCAGGCGUCUGCGCUCGCGGUGCGCGCGGAGGCCGUGCCGAGGACAGUGGAGGCGUCGUACGCGUCCCACGGCGCGGCGCCGCAGCCCCCCGAGGGCCCGCCGGUGGCCCCGGCGACGGCGUAUCGAGCGUCUGGCGCGGCAGGCCUGAUUGCCUCCGUGGCGCACAGCGUCACCGAGGACCUCGACCGCGUGCUGGGCGCGCUGACGAUUCGCCGCGACGAGCUGGCGCACGGCGGUGCGCGUGCGCACGGCGGCGAGAGCCCGAGUCGCACUGUGGGGCGCGACAUGGACACAUUACGGCAGCAGCUGGCGUCCCGGCUGGACGAGAGCAGGUCGGACGCCGGCGCCGUCGCCGCGUACGACGCUUCGGUUCCGCGGGCGGUGCGCCAGCGGUACCCGCAGGACGCCCCGCACGCCAACGGGGGGGUGUCCUUGGGCCCUGCAGGCAUGGAGGCUGCGAGUGACCCGUACGCGCACUCGUACCGCGGGCCGUCGUACCCUGCGGCGCACACACAGUACCCGAUGCCGGGCGCGCCGUUCCCGACGCCCUGGACCGCGCCGCGGCCCCAGACGUCCGGACACCCGCACGAUGCCUACGGCAUGCCCGGCGCGUACCAGGCGGCCGAGCGGUACCCGAAGCGCGUCCCCGUCGAUCCGUACGGGCCCAUGUACUCGUACACGCCGGGCGCCUUCCACACCCCGGCGCCCACCGCGCCGGCACCGGGUCCGUCGUUCUACACCGACACGCGCGGGGAGUUCGGCGCGCCGCCGUCGCCGGAGCGGGCGGCCGCGAUGCAGCUCGGAGGUCCGCACGGCGCGGGGCUCAGGGGGUCCGUGGCCGCGGCGUACGAGAGCACGCGGGCGCAGGCUGACCUAGUGUUCGGCGCCGCUCCCGGACACGCUCAGGACCUCUCAUACUAG